AUGUCUGAGGCCCCGGAAACCGUCGAAUGGCAGGGCAAGAAGGUCCCUGUCUGGCCCAUGAGGACCAUCGACUACGGACUGCUUCUCUCACAAGACCCGGCCGAGGUGGAAAAGGUAACCAAGGCGUGUCUGGAGGAAGGCUACUUUCAACUCAACCUCGACGGCAUCGACGGCCGUAGAAUGCUCGAGGAUCGCCAGGAAGUUCUCCAGCUCAUGCACCGCUUUUUCGAGGCGCCGCUCGAAGCCAAGAACGAAUAUGGCCUGAUCGAUUCCCAUCUCGGCUACGAGCCAGUGGGCAGCCGGACGGGCGCUUUUGGAGCUGGCACCAAGGACGGGUACGAGAUGCUCAAGGUGUCGCGUGAUGAGAUUCAGCAGGGCAGCCCCAGGGUCCCGUCGCCGAUCAAGAGCAGCGGUGAGCUCCGUAUUCUGGAGCGUGGCAUUGGUAGCUGCAAUACCAUCACCAAGGUCCUCCUCUCCGCCCUUUCUAGCGGCAUGGGUCUGACCGGAGCCGAGCGAUUCGAAAACUCGCACCGCAACGACCGCCCGUCAACCACCACCUUGUCCAUGAUGCAUUAUCUACCAGCCGAGGAGACGGGCCAAAACAAGAUCGGACACCAGAAGCAUACCGACAUCAGCUCUUUGACGUUGCUCUUCAGCGAUGAGUGGGGUCUUCAGAUCCGUCCUCCCGGAGAGUGCGGCGCGCGGGAGAUGGGCUUCGUCGCCCCGAAACCCGGAUGCGCCUUUGUGCACGUCGGCGACUCCCUGCGCUUUGCGAGCGACAUGAAGUUCCAGUCGUGCAUCCACCGUGUUGUGCCUUUCAACCCAACCGAACACCGUUACUCCAUCGCCUAUUUCCUCCGCGCCGAGGACGAUACCAUGUUCCAGGACAGCGAGGGCCGUUAUGUGACUGCCAAGGAGUGGCACGACGAGAAAUUCAAGGCUUUCACGGACCCGCCGGUUUGGCAGGCCAUGGCGCCCAAAUCCAUGAUCUUGGGAGGCAUGAAGGAGGAUGGAGCCGACGACCGGGAGCCGGUGUCGGCUUUUGUGCCAGAAAUUGUCCAGCAGACGGCCGUUCAAGGAUAA